AUGGCAGAAAAUAGGACUAUUACAGUGGUGUCAACACAAUCUAAAUUGGUUGAUUUGGUGUUGGCACCUGAUGGGUCCAAUUUUGGGGAAUGGAAGUUCUUAGUUGAAGUGAACUUGAAGGGUAUGGGUAAAACUGGACAUUUAACUGAAACAUGUCCGGCGGACCCUACCAAAGCCCAAGUGUGGAAGAAAGAUGAUGACGCCCUGUUUUCACGUAUAAUAAAUUGUAUUAAUAGGAAGAUAAUCCUAUCUUUACAGCAUUGUAAGAGUGCGAAAGAAGUGUGGGAUUUAGUGAAUAAGUGGUUUAGCGGGGCAAAUAAUUUGAGGAAGUUAUAUCAGUUAUCCCAGGAUGUUCAUCGACCGUCUCAAAAAGGGCGGGACAUCAGGGAUUACUAUUAUGACUUCAAGAAUAUGAGUGAGGCAUUGUGUGCUGCUAUGCCGAUUACUGAUGAAGUGGAUAAAAUGAAAAAACAACGUGAUCAGUUGCAUAUUUUUAGUUGGAUUUCUGGGUUGGAUAAGGAGUAUGAUGUUUUGAAAUCACAAUUAUUGGGAAAUAAGGAAUUAGACUCGCUCGACCAAGUUUUUUCUAUGGUUCAAAAUGCGUCAGUGAACCUUGGUACUGAUAGUACGUUGGAGAAACAAGUCUUUUUCUCACAGGGAGAUAGUGGGACUGAUAGUGCCAAUAGUCGAGGAGGUCGGUCCCGAGGACGAGGUAGAGGGCGCGGAGGAGGUCGAGGGCAAAGGGCUUGCUAUAAUUGUGGUGAUCCCGGUCAUUUGCGUAACUAA